UGAAAACCAUGGAGGUGGAUACUCAAAAUUCUGGUUUCUUUAUAUCAUUACUAAAUAAUCUUAUUUCUAAUAACGAUUGACUAGGAUAGCGAAACUUGUUUUUUAGACAUAAAAUCAUCAACUGACUUUAUGCUUGUAAAUGAUGGGGAAGAAUCCAGUGGAACAUUUCUUAUGGGGUCCGAUAAGGAAAAUAUCGAUCAACAAAGUCGUGUUGAAAAUUUUGAUUUUACGCAACAAUCAAACGGAUCCCUUGGUGAAAAUGGUGUACUGCAACAAAAAACAUUAGUUGAUUCGAUUAUUUUAACAGUUCCUUCAAGAAAUGAAUCUACAAUAUUUUCGUCAAAAAAUAAGGAUCAACAGAAACAUGUCAAACAUUUUGAUUUUCCAGGCGACUCUCCUGGUGAAAAUGUUCUAUUGCAAGAGCAAACAUUUCUUGAUUUAAAUGUUUCAACAAACCCAUCAGUAUAUUCACCUGCAUUACUCCCAUUAACUAUUGCAGAUUCUACUUUUUCCAAACAAUCAUUAAAUUUAUCGAAACAGAUUUCAUCUGGCUACACAAUUGCUUCAUCUUCGGUGUCUGCAAGACCUCAACAUUUGGAUUUUACACCUGACUCUCUUGGUAAAACUGUUCCAUUGCAAGAGGAUCCAUUUUCUGAUUUUAAUGUUUUGACAAACCCGUCAGUAAAUUCACCUUCACUGCUCCCAUUAUCGACUAGGGAUUCUACUUCAAAACGAUCACUGAGUUUAUCAAAAUCGAUUUCAGCAGGUCCCUCACUUGCUUCAGACUCGGUGUCUCCAAGACCUCAUAAAUCUUCAGUUUCGACAAAAUCUACAUUUUUCAAUCAAGCAAGACCAGUGCCUGUGCCAGUUUCAAUGUUUUCAAAAGAAAUUAAUCAACACCAACAUUGAUAUCUACCGCUAAUACAUUACAAAAUUAUGUAAAUUGGAAACAAAACAGAGGUGGAAAUGAUAGUUUCAUUUCAACAACAGCAGAUGGCUAUUUCAAUAUUAUACAAAGAAAGUUUAUACGUCUACCUUUAAACAAGCAACGAGAAAUACUGCCAGAAAUUUUGGACACAAUUGAAUUGUUUUCAACAUCGUAAUUCAUAAAAUUUAAAAACUUUUAACAAAGACUGUUUUAAAAUAGAUUAAGUGCUCAACCAAAAAAAUUUUUUAAUUUAAGGAAUAAGAGAAAAGUAUGCUCUUAGAGUAUUAAUAUAUAAGGAUCAAUCCACCGAGUUUCGUCCGAAA